AAGUACUAGAUACUUUUCAGUCAACAGUAGGCUUAUAAGUACUAGAUACUUUUCAGUCAACAGUAGUCUUAUAUGUGCUCGGUACUUUUCAGUCAACUGUAGACCUACAUAUUCUCUGUUUCAUUUGAUUUGAACUUGUCUCGGCAGCUACUUCUGACAUAUACUGACAUGUAUUGUGUCAGUGUCACAGUUCUCACCUUGUCAGCCUUGCUGACAUUGACGUCAUCAGAAGUGUUCACAUCAUCUCAUAAGGUGCAGAGGAUGGUGAUGGAUGAGGAACGUAUGUUGGGUGGAUUAAAACUAUUUAUAGACCAGAAGUAUGAUUUGCUAAAGAAGAUGUUCAAUUUCUAUUCUGAACGACUGCGUGAGGUCAGAUAUCGUGAUCCAUCUCCAGAAGAUUCUGAGCUGUACCACCCAAACUCCAUGUACCUAACGAUAAAAAAAUACGCCAGUGAUUAUAGUGUUCUAGAAGACAAUUUAGAAAACUUCAUCAACUCUGAAGGCGAGGCUGGACCUAUUUAUUUAGCCUGUCAGAAGGACUUAACAGGGGCACAAAAAUCACUAGUAAAUCUUCAGGCUAUAUACAAAAUGAAAGCCUUAGAUAUGGCAAAGGGAGAUUACUUGGGAUUUCAAGGCCCACCACUCACAUCGCAAGAUGCCUUCGACAUUGGGACCAUGGCCUGUAGAGGUUAUAAAUUUGUUGAAUGUGCUGAUUGGUUUAACGUCUCACUCACUUUGUACAACAGUUCGGAUGUUACACCAACAGAAACAAUCCCAGGUAUAACCGCCAAGAUGGGACGCGCCUACGUACACUUGGGCGACCUAGCCAGAGCUGAACAAAUCUACAAGGAUGUCCUCCUGUUAGAACCUAAUAAUAAGGAAGUCAUUAACUUGGGCCGGGAACUAAUUUAUGAAGACGUAAAUGAGUACACACCUGAUGAAACAUCCCAGAACUAUAGCCGCCUCUGUAGUCUAGAGAACCAGAACCACAUACCUGACCCGAACAACCCGAGACUUGUGUGCCGGUACAGAGAGACUCUACUGCCCUACUACAGGUUUAAAGAAGAGAUCCUGUCUGUUGCCCCGUUUGUUUCCGUCAUCUACAACGUCAUCAGUGACGCUGAGGGCGACCACCUCAAAGAAUUAGCCAAGGACAAGCUCAAAAGAGGCCUUACUGCGCUAACAUACAGUGAAUCAUCAGAAGAACUUAGGACAAGUGACCUGGCAUGGAUUGCUGACGAAGAGUCAGAAAUGGUAUCAUCCAUCUCCAAGAGAAUUGGACACAUCACAGGUCUGGACACGUCAAUGAGAGAACCGUACGGUCCUACGUCUGCGGAACUAUUACAGGUAGUCAACUAUGGACUAGGUGGACUUUACGUUCCACACUUAGACCCAGUGCAGGAAGCAACUGAUUGGUUGAAACGCUCUGGAAAUAGACUGGCCACGUUUCUUAUUUACGUUUUAGACCAAGACAUAAAAACUUGCUUGUGA